AUGGUAUCACCGAACGACUUUGUCAACUACCCCAAGCCUGUGGAAGGCCCAGAGACCAAAUAUGCGCCGCCUCCGGCCAAGAAUCCAGUUUUGCGCGGAUAUUCGCUUGUCGCUGCGAGCGCUCUGUCAGGAAUUCUGCAGCGAUUCUUCUGGAAUAAUGCUGGAUUCGGGCAGGUCAAGAACCUUUCAGUCCUGGAUGGCGUUCCGCACACAUUUGACCCCUGCGUGACCCCGUUAGGUGAAACUGGCCCAGUGCUCGAAUUUGAGCCUGCUCUUCUAGAAGCCAAACAUGUCCAUCCCAAAGCGAAGUACUAUUCCAUCAAAGAUUAUCAUGAACUCUAUAAAUCCGGCAGAGCAACCCCUCUCGAUGUCGCAAAGGCUCUUCUCCCCUUGACCAAACCGGGAAAUGACAACAAGACCAGGUAUGAAGACGCUUGGGCUAAUAACCACGGGAACGACGAACUCGUAUUUGAGUCUGCCCGGGCGUCGACAGAACGAUGGGCUGCUGGCAAGCCAUUGGGUAUUCUGGAUGGCGUACCAAUUGGUGUCAAGGACGAUGUGAAUGUCAAGGGCUAUGUCAACCAUAACGGCAUGAAGUAUAAUGCCGAUUCGCCCUUCUUCAAGAGACAGGAGAAGUCUGCGUGGUGUGUGCAGGCGCUUCAAGAUGCUGGAGCUGUGGUACUCGGCAAGAAUCGUAUGCAUGAACUUGGUUCAGAUACGUGCGGUUUAAAUGUCGCGCAAGGGUCGCCGACUAACCACCUGAAUACCGAGUACUAUCCCGGCGGGUCUUCCUCCGGGCCAGCUUCCGCCGUCUGCGCCGGUGUGGUACCCUUCUCCGUCGCCACGGAUGCCGGCGGUAGUAUCCGCAUUCCAGCCAGUUUCAACGGCUUAUACGGCCUCAAGACGUCCCACCAUCGAACGGGGUACAUGGGCAGCACCAUGUGCAUCACAGGCCCCAUUGCGGCCAACGUUGCCGAUCUUACCAUUGCCUAUCGACUCAUGUCGCAGCCCAACCCCGACGAUGGCAUCCAAGGUGUAUUUGGGCGCUCUACGCCGCCUCCGCCAUCUGCCAAGCGUGUCAUGGGCGUGUACCGCGAGUGGCUGAACGCGGCUGACCCCGAAGUCAUCGAGCACUGCAACAAGGCACUAGACUACUUCGCCAAAGAGCGAGGCUACGAGAUUGUCGACAUUUCCCUCCCUCACCUUGCCGACGCCCAGCUCGCCCACGGCAUGAUCUGCAUCACUGAAAUGGCCGAGGCGGCUCGACGAAGAACAGUCAACCCGGCAGACUGGCUCUCCCUCGUGGGCUCUGUAAACCGGCUGCUCAUGACGGUUGGCCAGCAGACGCCGGCAGCCGACUUCCUCAAGUUUAACACCAUGCGUACGGUCCUGAUGCGCCAUUUCGCCUUUCUGUUUCGAAAAUACCCCGGCAUACUCAUCAUGUCGCCUACGACUCCCCUCAACGGCUGGCCCAAGCAUCCUGGUGACGAAGCACUGGGAAUGAAUGACGCGAACACGACAUUCAGGAACAUGAUGUACAUCUUCUUGGCGAAUAUGACGGGCACGCCGUCGGUUUCGGUACCCGUGGGGUAUGCUGCGCCGAAACAGGGAGAGGGCAAGAUUCCCGUCGGAUUGAUGGCUACGGGUGAAUGGGGAAGUGAGGAGCAGCUUUUGGCAUUUGCAGGCGAGGCAGAGGAAUAUUUGCACGGGAUUUACGAGGAAGGCAGACGAAGACCCAGUGCAUGGCUGGACGUGAUGGCAUUGGUGGAGGGUGAUGCUGACAGUGAGAAGGUUGAUGCGAAUGGGAAUGGGAGAUCUGAGUGA